AUGCCCGCUGCUCAGCCUAUUCUGAGAUUCGGUGCCUUUGCCAACGCGCGCGAAGUGGUGGCUGCUGUCACUCCUCUCUUCCCGCGCCAGAGCUGGAGCGCCCCGGGGUCCCGCUCCCCACGCCGACCGCCUAGUUAUGCGCUGGAGGCGCGAGGCGCAGCAUCCCACUCUCCUUGCUGGACUGAGCCGACAAGUCCGCGCGCCCCUCACCGCGAGGGGCGCGCGGCUGCAGCCCAGCUACUCAGCACCGCGGGCUCCUCUCCUCCCGUUCCAGCUACAGGCCUCCACCUGGACACGUCCCGGGGUGAAAUUCAUCCGGCCAAAGGGUGCAGGCUGGGCGCGGCUCUAAGGAUCUCGGGUGGAGGCCGGAGGAGGCGGUUCCGCGCUCCAGGGAGGGCGAAGUGUCACUUGGAAGUCGAAGUUAGGGCCGUUGGACACCGAACUCCCUUUGGCGUGUUUUGCCGGGGACCUAGGGGCAGGCGGGCGCUCGGGCGGGCGGGGGUCAUGCUGCACAGGAGGUUGGGGACCGGCCCGGGAAGGCUCCUCCGAGCUGUGGGGGCUGAAGGCCCUUUGCCCGCUUUGCAGGGCGCGUCGGGGCUGCUGCGGGCCCGCCGGCGCUCGAGUUGGGCUGGAAGUUGAGGUCUGGGUCCGCACCGCGUGGCGACAGCCCUGGCGGCCGCUGCGGGUUCAGAACGGCAGCCACGCCGCGUGUACCGCGGACCCCUCCGCCCGCCAGCCGCGGCUUUCGCUUUUCAUUAUGCAGAAGUGAAGCUCUGCGCCGGGGAACCCUGGGGUGCUGGAGGAGGAACCCUCUGCGGAGAGAGGGGCGGCGUCCGAAAGAUAAUCAAAGGGAAACCGCCGGGAUCCGGGCGACACAGGUGCGGUAGCGCCGCGGUGAGCGCCAAAGAUCUCCGGACCCAGCUCGGCUGACCGGUUCCAGAGGUCCAGCUCCCGGCCCCUGGCGCCGGUCUCCCGAGGGGGCCGGGCAUUAGAGCCCCCUCCACCCGCACCCCAGCCUCGUGGACAACUCCAGUGUAUCCCCCUCCGAUGUGCAUUGGAUUAAGACUGGGCGCAGAGAGGACUGCAAUCCAUGAACUGAAUGAUACUAGAAACUACUGUAAAUCUCAAAUCUAAUUCUGGUUUAAAUCUAAAUUCCAUUGAUUAAAAAUAGACAAAUCUGGUAGAGCCGUGUCUGGGUGGCGGUACAUACAUUGUAUUUCUCAUCACGGCAGCUCCUGAAGGGCCCUAUAAGGUUUGCCGUUCCCAAGCUGGGACUGCCUUGUUGUGGGGGGGAGGGGUCCUUAUACCUCCGUUUAACUUACAGCAGGACAGAAGUUAAGUUCAGGCUGGCUUUGAAAUGACCUUUCAAGCCUUCCUCCCCUUCCUUUGUCUGCCGUAAGCAUUUCUCAGCUGGAUCAAUUCCCAUUCAGGGACUUAAGUGUUCCUGAGGGUUAAAGUCCCUUCCUGGAACGUUAGCAUCCAAAGAGGACUUUAAAGUAGGCUUCGUGGACCAUGUAGUGACCUCGGGAAAACAUUCUGAGGA